GCACGUAAAGAAAACGGAAAUAUGUAACCUGAUCAUAAGCCUGUAAAGCAAUUCUCUGCUUUUUAUAAUAUUCUUCGGAUCCACUUCAGGUUCCUUCAUCGCGUUCGAAUUCUGUAUAUUACGAAGAGCUAAAUAAUCUUGUCCGUUUCCGGCAGAAUGCACUAAAUCGUUGUUAAAACGCCCAUCAAUCGAUGAUUUUGAUUUUCGAGAGACGGAUCUCUACCAUUACAAAACAGUUGAUUACGCGUGAAAAAUCAACAGAAAACUGCAUGUAGAAACUGUCAGAAUGGCCGAUGUGCACGAAUGUUCGAAGUCUAGUCAGGACUUUUCGAAUGAGAAGGACGUGCCUACGGCAAAACGUAAGAAGUUAUCGCCCUCCGAUUAUACUAUCAAAAAGCGACAACCCUUUAAUUUAUCAGGGAAACGAAACAAAGAUAUCUUUGUAACUAAUAAAACUAACUUUAAGGCACAAAUAAAGAAAUGUGAGAAACUUCUCAGCAGUGGGACAUCUGAAGUGAUCAUACAUGGCCUUGGUGCUGCUGUACACAGAGCUUGCAAUUUAGCUCUCCAAUUAAAAGAAAUUCAUUAUAAUGGAGUGGAGUUAGAUAUUAAGACAUCUACUACAACUAUCAUUGAUGAUUUUGAACCUCUCCAUGAUAGUGCAGAUUAUGAAACAAUUAAUAGGAAUAAUUCAGCUGUACACAUACGCGUAUAUCGAAAAUUUUCAAUAAGUGGUCUUAAAUAUCAAGAAUAGAACAUAAAGAUCAAAGCAGUAUCAUAGAUUUAUCUUUAACUAUAUGGUAAUUAAAAAUGAAAAAAAUGGCAGUAAUUCAAUAAUUGUAUCAGCUUUGAUUUCUCCAAAAUGAUAUUUUCUUUGAACGAAUUAGUACAUUGGC